GGCGGAGGAAGGAGGGCCUUCUGCGCUGUCACUGGGCUCCUUGGCUAUUACCGCCAUUAUCGUUUCCUCCGUUAUUUUAGGAGGGUUAGAAGACAUUGGCGCAUGGAGGGCAAAGUGCCAGGAAAGCCUCUCUGUCUGCUCUCAGGGGCCCCGCUUGUGACAGGGACAGGAGGGGCUUUUUAGGACUGGGAUCUUCCUCCUGGGGGGGAUUCUGCUUUUGUUACCAAAACAAAACCCCAAAACACAACGAACUACUUCAAAUUCAACUACCUUUGGUUGAACUACUUUUCAUUCAACUACCUUUGAUUGAACUGUUUUCAUUCAACUACUUUUUAUUGAACUGCCUUUCAUUCAACUACCUUUGAUUGAACUGUUUUCAUUCAACUACUCUUGAUUGAACUACUUUUCAUUCAGCUCCUUUCAGUUCAAAUACUUUUGAUUCAACCGCCUUUGAUUGGACUACUUUUAAUCCAAAUAUUUUUGAUUGAUAUAGCUACUUUUGAUUAAACUACUUUUAAUUCAACCACUUUUUAUUCAGCUACUUUCAAUUCAACUACUUUUGGGAUCCAGCUACUAUUGAUUGAACUACUUUUGACUGAACUCCCUUUAACCCAGCCCCUUUUAAUUCAGCUGCUUUCAAUUCAACCACUUUCCUGUCGCUGGGCUUUGUUUGUGUCUGUGUGUGUCUAUAUACAUCUGUAAAUACAUGUGUCCCUGUUUCCCCUCAGAGGGCAAAUCAAUAUAAUGAACCCAGAUUUUUAAAAAUACUGUAUUUCUUUAUAGGAGAUUGUAUUUUUACAAGCGAGUCAAACCCUAGCAGGGAGCAACCAGAGAAGUGUCCAAGAUGUCUGUCAAAGUCAGUCUGUAUGAGCUGGCCGACCUCUCCAUAGGGACUCCGGAGAUUGGCAUCGUCAAUUUCAAUGCCCUCCAUGCCCUCCUCCAUGCCAUCCUCAGGCAACUCAACCUCGAGGACAUCAAGACCGAGGUGAAGCUGGACCGAGGCCCGCCGUCGAAGACGGAGCUGGUGGCCGCGGCCGUUGAGAAGGGGCUUGGGGACUUAAUGAGCCAAGAUCUGCUGCCGGUAGAGAAGGGGAGCAAAGGAGAGUUUUUGAGCGAAUAUGUAGAUGCCCGACUUGCAGACUUGGAGAAGAAGAUGUAUCUGAUGGAGACUAAUCUCCAGGGAGUGGAAGACCAGGUCCAUGGGAUAGAAGAUCAGUUCCAGGGGGUCCAAACCCAAGUCCAGGGUUUUCAAGACCAGGUCCAAGGCUUUCAAGACCAGGUGCAAGGGGUACAAGACCACGUCCAGGGGGUGCAAGAUAAAGUGAAAGGCAUCGGGAAGCAGCUGAAAGGGGUCCAACAGCACAUCUCUGGCCUGGAAAGGCUGCCUUCUGGAACAGACUUGCUGGAGAAGGCCAGGAGUGGCUCAGGCACUGCGGUAUCCGACAUGUGGCAAAUGAUGCAGAUGCAGAAGAAGGUGGAAGCCAACGAGGACGGCAUCAACCAGGCCAUGACUUUGUUACAGGAUCUAUUGGAUGAGACCAGUAACAUGAAAUCAACUACAGCCAACUUGGAGGAUGACAUACAAAAAAUCAAGGAUCAUUUAGCCCUGAUAGACCCCCAAGAGAUGGACAAUCGACUUAAAACUUGUUUAAGCGACCAGCAUAGUAUGGAUCAGGAUCUGAAAGACAUAGAGAGGAGGCUAAGCCAGUUUCCUUCCCCAGAGGAAAUGAGCAACAUGGUGCGCUGGGAGGUUCUUGAGGAUGUCCUUGUGAAAGGCAAGAGGAGUCCAACCCCUGAGACAAGUCCAGUCUUGCGUUCUCCAACUGGUUCUACCUCCUCUCCAGAAGGCAGAACCCCUGGAUCUCCAGGAACCCAGCCUGGGACUUACAGAAGAGAAGGAGCCCCAGGUGUUCAAGCUGCCUUACCAGGGGCUCCAGGAGCCCCUGGAGCCCAGCCUGGCAUUGCUGGGGCCCAACCAGGAGCAGGUUAUCCUGGGGGCCAGCCAGGAGCAGUUCCUGGGCCUCAGCCAGGUUAUCCUGGAGCUCCAGGGGCUCAAGCAUUUUAUCCUGCAGCCCAACCAGGAGUUCCUGGAGCCCAGGCACCAUUUCCAGGAGGUCAAACUGCAGGUCCUGGGGUCCAGCCAGGGUCCUAUCCAGGAGCACCUGGAGCUCAAGCACCUUAUCCUGGGGCUCAGCCUGGAGCUCCCGGGGGUCAGCCUGGAGCUCCCGGGGCUCAGCCUGGAGCUCCUGGCACACAAGCAGCUUAUGCUGCUCCUGGGCCUUAUCCUGGAGCUCCUGGAGCCCAACCAGCCUAUCCUGGAGCACCUGGAGCCUAUCCUGGGGGCUAUCCCGGGGUGCCUGGAGCCUAUCCUCGGCCACCUGGAGCCUAUCCUGGAGCUCCAGGAGGUUAUGCAGUUUAUCCUGGGGCACCCGGACCUUAUCCUGGGGCACCUGGGGUAUAUCCUGGAGCUCCAGGUGGCCAAGCAGCUUAUCCUGGAGUGCCUGGGGCUUAUCCUGGGGCCCAGGCAGCAUAUCCUGGGGCUCCUGGAGCUCAAGCAGUAUAUCCUGGAGCACCUGGCAUUUAUCCUGGGGCCCAAGCAGCCUAUCCCGGGGCUCAGCCUGGAGGCCCUGGAGCCCAAGCUGCCUAUCCUGGAGCCCAGCCUGGAGCCCCUGGGGCACAAGCAACCUAUCCUGGGACCCAGCCUGGAGCUCCUGGAGCCCAGCCAGGUGCUCCUGGAGCUCAGCCAGGUGCGCCUGGAGCUGAGUCUGCCUAUCCUGGAGCUCCUGGAGUUCCGCCUGGAGAACAUGGGGUUGGGCCUUCCUAUCCUGGAGGUCCUGGGAUUGAACCAGGUGCUCCUGGAGCCCAAGAAGUAUAUCCUGGAGAUGAAGCUGGAGUUUUUGGGGUACAGUCUGAAUUUCCUGUCCUAAAUGCCAUUUAUCCCGGAGCUGAGCCUGGACCUCCAGGUGUCCAACCUGGAUAUUUUGGUCAGCCUGCCAUUUCCUGGCCCUACCCUCCUGUAUAUCAGCCUGGUGAACCUGGAGCAUCACCUGCAACAGGCCAACUUGCCGUACCACCUGGCCCCACUCUUGGUAUCACACCCCCAACGUCCCCAAUAUUGCCUUCAACAACUCCCGUGCAAUAUCCUGAGUCUCCCUCUGGAACUACUUUGGCUCCGCCCCGCUACGCUGAGACAGUGGAUGCUCUGCGCUCCCUUGCACAGCUGACUGAACUCUAUUAUGCUCUAAGAGACCAGAUCAACAUGCUGGAUCAGUAUAAGUGUGGCCAUGCAGAUCUCCGCAGGUUGCAAGACUUCCUCACAGAUGCAGUUUAUAAGAAUAUUGCCGUCAUCCCACCUGACCUUCCAGAAAAGCUUGCUGCAAUCAAGUCCAUGCAAGAAGAUAUGAAAACUGAGAAAGAGAAGUUAAGGAAGAUUCAAGAUGUAUUUGAAGGAGAACUAGCAGGACAAGACGCAGAGGAGAAAGUGGAGGGAGCUGGUCAGAUCAACAUGCAGAUAGGUUAUCUCAGAGCAACAGUGCAGGACAUUGAGAAAGAGCUCAAAGAGCUGAGAAACAAGCAGGAUGCAGGGAAGGCCACACUGGAGCAGUCUGUGACCGACACUGCCAUUUACCUCCAGGAACAGUUAGACAAGCUUAGAUCUGUAAUAGAGAAUAUGAUGGCUUCUUCGUCCACCUUGCUGUCAAUGAGCAUGCCACCCACCCCGGAGCCUGGGCUGGCAGCUCAGGUCCAGCAGGGCACAUGCGCUGCUUGCAGCUUAGAUGUCAGUGAGAAGGUUAGCCAGCUUUUCAAGCGCUAUGAGCAGCUGCAGGACUCUAUCAACAACUUCAUGUUGAGACAGGCAGAAGGCAAACUGGCCAAGAGACCCAAGCACCGCCAGGAUGAGGAGAUGCUCAGCCACAUCCAAAAUACCAUCCUGCAAGUACAGGAAGACUGUGAGAAGCUGAACGCCACUACAGGCAACCUCAUAGAAGACCAUCGCCAAAAGCAGAAGGAGAUCAGUCUGUUGUUCAAGUCCCUGGAAAAGCUGGAGCAUGAAAAAGCAGACAAAGAUCACCUAGUGAUGGAAAUCGAUGUGAAAGCAGACAAGACUGCCCUUGCUGCGAAAGUCAGCCGCACCCAGUUUGAUGCCACCACAGAACAGCUGCAUAAGAUGAUGCAAGAGUUGCUAAACAAAAUGGCUGGGCAAGAGCAAGACUGGCAGAAAAUGCUGGACAAACUUUUGAUUGAAAUGGACUCUAAGCUUGACCGCUUGGAACUUGAUCCAUUCAGACAGCAGCUGGAGGAGCGCUGGAAGGAUAUCCGGAAACAGCUGAAGCAGCGGGUACCACAGGAUGAAGGUGAUGAGGCUGCUGGGAUCAGAAGGAGACUUCUGGCUCAUUUCCACUGCAUUUCUUGUGACCGACCCUUGGAAAUGGUGGUACCCGGGCCGCACAUCACAACACUCCCAGCUGUGCCAGGUUUACCUCCACACCAGUCCCUCCGGCCAUACAUGGUUUAUGAAAUGGAACAAAUCAGGCAGCUUAACCGCAAUCUGAAGUUAGGACCCGGUGCUCGUUUUGAUGCACUGGAGAAGAGUACAAGCCUCAACAAGCUGCGCCGCAUCCAUUCCAAGAUGCUCAUGGACAUUCAGAAGGUGCAGAGCCAUUAUGGUGGCACAGCGAGAGUCAACGCUCAAAUGAUCAGGGAAAUACUGCAGGCCCAGUGUCUUGGCUCAAGCCUGUAUGGCAAACGUGACAGACUUCCUGAGAUGGCCGACUAUAGCUACGUCAGUGUCCCGCGGCACUGUGGAGGCAGCCACACCCUCACCUAUCCUUACAGGCGUUUUGGCAAAUUUCAGCACUUUGCCAACUGUGUGCCACCCAUCCAAGCAGAUGAAACAACCAUGCUGGCAAUGAUGAAGCAUGAAGAGGUUGAUAUACUAGGUCUUGAUGGUCAUAUCUACAAAGGACGGAUGGAUACACAGCUCCCAUCAAUAACUGGAAAGGAUGGUCUUUCAAGGCCGAGGAACAAACUCAUUCGGUCCUCCUCGCAAAGGCAUCAACCCACACUUGCUGACAUUGCCAGUCUCCCAGUCCGUCCUCAUAGUGCUAAAGUGUCUUUACGCAGUCUGUCAGCUAAGUCAGUAGGGGAUAAAUCUAUGCCUCGCAUAAGGAUCGGUGAGGAGCCUGGAGCACAAGACAGAGAAACACUUGAGCUACGAAUGGAGAUUCCUUCAAGACAACGCUUCGAUGAACAGUCCACAUAAACUGCAUGAAAGAUAGCAGUUUCUGCCUCAGUGAAAACGUGGUUCUUACUGAUGAAAGCCAGACAAUAAAGACCAAAACUGGAAGAAGAUUGUACUAACAUACUGCUGGCCUGAGGAAGACAGCCAUCUUGUGCUGGCCCACAGCUCUGGCUUUUUUUUUACAGUGAUGUUCCAGGGGACAAUGGGUGGGGCAGGCAGGGACAAAAGUCUGGAGUAGGGAGGGGGCAACACUUCCUUCUGUAGAGACAAUGGAGUCUGCAAGUCAUUUACUGUAUUUUAAUUGUCCAAGAAAGUUAUUGUUCAAUACAAAGUUAUGUGUUUAAACUAGUUAGAGAGCAAUUACUUUGAGUGCUAACAAUCUCAGCCUUUCUGCCCUGCUGUAGCCCAGAACCAGAUGUACAUAAAGAUGUAAGGGGCAGCACUGUCAUCUAAAAAAGCAAGUUAGUUUUUUGAGCCAGAAAAGUGCUAAUCCUGUUGCUAUUGUGGGAAAUUUGACGUACACUGAGCUUGGGAGACAACAUCUUGCAAUGAGUAAGACUUUUUUACAGCAACAUCUCCAUGCACGGAUUGAAUGACAAGAUGCUGGGACAUGUAUGCUUCAGCUGUCACAGCUUUAUUUUAGAGAAUAAGGCAGAACCUGGGAAAGUUGCUUUUUGGACUACAAUGCUUAGAACAUCCCAGCCAGUACGCCGGAAGGACAAUUCUGGGAGCUAUAGUGCAAAAAUGUAACAUUUCCAAGCUCUUGGUUAGGGAAAGUUGGUUUUUAGCUUGGGGGAAUGCAAGUCAUGGCAAAAAUUUCUAUACCCAGUCUUCAUAAUAGACAUGAAAUUUAUAUCUUUCACCAGAGUUAGGAAUUUACAACCUAUUUUCACCCUUGAACUAUUUACAAUUGGACAGUGGUUUUUAAAUUUGAUUCAUAGCACACCAGAAGGCUUCCUGUGGAGAGCCAUUUAUUCAAAGCAAAAACUAGUCUCCAUUUGGCAUUGAAAGUGCUGAGGCUGAUUGCUGCUUACAGCAUCUGCUGCCCUUCUGUAUCCAUCAAAGUGAGUUGGGAGAAAUGUGUCUAGCCUGAAAGGGGUGGCAUACAUAGCUAUCUUAACAAAUUUUGCCAAGAAAACCCCUUGAUAGGUUUACCUUACGGUCACUAUAAGUUGGAAAUGACUUGAAGGCACAGAACAAUAGAAACAACAACCUAUAUAACAUUUAAAAGAAUUUUUCAGAGGGACUGGCUAGCUCCAUUCAUCCUAGUCACACACAAAACAAGCAUGAGAAUGAAUAAGCAACUUUGUACAGCCCAAAACUGCACAGGAACCCAGGGAAAAUAGUUGUGGACAUGUAUCCCCUUGAUUUGAAGUAUGUGUUUGAACUGUCCAGCCUGUUACAGUUGGGCAAGCAAAUAAUAACACUUUUGUAUGGCCAGAACUUUUAACUCCCUUGUGUAUUUUAAAUCGUCACUUGAGAAUUUCAGAAGCACUCCAAAACAAACAAGCUUUGGGUGGAAAAUACAACAUUUGGUUUCCCAGUAUGUUUCAGUUACAUCAUGCAGAAUGCAGUCAGACUAGACAAAUACCACAGGCUGUCACAUAAUGCAACAGAAGGGUUGUAUUACAUUUUUCAUGGGGAGGUGCUAUCACACUAGA